AUGGCAACACAAUCAGUUUUACAGCCGCCUCCGGGUUCCGUCUUUGAGGACAUUAUCAAGCCAGACCAGGACGACCGCUCGUACAGAUUGCUGACUUUGGACAACAAGCUCCAAGCUCUUCUGAUCUCUGACCCGAACACCGACAAGUCUUCCGCCGCUUUAGAUGUCCAUGUUGGGCAUCUUUGCGAUCCUGACGACGUCGCGGGACUCGCUCACUUUUGCGAGCAUUUGCUUUUCAUGGGAACUGAGAAGUACCCGGUAGAGAACGAUUACAACCAGUACCUGUCAGAGCAUGGUGGACAUUCGAACGCAUUCACAUCCGUGGAGAACACAAACUACUACUUUGAGGUCACCUCCGAACACUUCGAAGGAGCGCUGGAUCGUUUCGCUCAAUUUUUCAUAACUCCUCUGUUUGCGGAGUCAUGUACGGAGCGUGAGAUGAACGCAGUGGACUCUGAGCAUAAAAAGAAUCUACAGUCCGACAACUGGCGCCUUUAUCAGCUCGAAAAGGACCUCUCUUCUCCGGGGCACCCGUUUCGCAAAUUUGGCACAGGAAAUCUGGAGACUCUGCGAGACAUUCCACUGCAGAAGGGUCUAGAUAUUCGCAAAAUCUUGUUAGAUUUCCAUAGCAAGUACUACAGCGCCAAUAUCAUGAAGCUUGUCAUUUUGGGAAAAGAGCCCCUGGAUACAUUGGCUGCUUGGACAACAAGCCGGUUUGCCGAAGUGAAGAACAAAGAUAUUGCCGUUCCAUCGUUUACGGGUCAUCCUCUGACACCUGUGGAACUGGGGAAAGAAAUUUUGAUUAAACCAGUGAAAGAACUCCGGCAUCUGGAACUCACAUUCCCUUUCCCGGAUACCCGAACGUAUUAUCGAUCUCAGCCCAGCAAAUACCUUGCGCAUUUGAUCGGACACGAAGGAGACGGGUCGAUACUCUCCUUGUUGAAAAGCAAAGGGUGGGCAAUUGCUCUUUCCGCUGGGGUAUCCCACGGAGGAAUCAAUUUCGAUUUCUUCAAGGUCUCUGUCGACUUGACAUUAGCCGGCGUUGAGCACUACGAGGAGAUCGUUCCCAUCAUCUUUCAAUACAUCGAUAUGGUGAAAAAGGACGGUGUUCAAGAUUGGAUUUUUCAAGAAUGCAAGCAACUUGCGACAAUGUCCUUCCGUUUCAAGGAAAAGUCGCCUCCUUCUUCAUACACAUCGAGAUUAGCGGGGCACAUGCAUGAAUACCUGCCUGCUGACGUCCUUGCUGGUCCAUACUUGCUCUACGACUACGAUCCGGAUAAGAUCAAGAUGUGCCUGGACUAUCUGCGGAGGGACAACUUCAGGCUCACACUCGUGUCCCCAGCACAAGACACAAAGGAGCCAUUGACCUUUGAGAAAGCUCAGUGGUACGGCACUGAGUAUGCCGUGAGAGAUUUACCGGAAAAUCUGCAAAAGGCGCUUGCGAACAGCGGGGUAAAUAAUCCAGAGCUCCGCUUGCCGGCGCGAAAUGAGUUUAUCCCAGAGAAGUUCGACGUCCGGAAAAGCGAGAGAGAGCCAUUACCACAUGCGGAGAUCAUCAAGGACACCAGCCUCACGCGUAUGUGGCAUAAGAAGGAUGACGUAUUCUUGGUGCCGAAGGCCAACGUGUGGUUCCAGUUGAAGAGCCCUAUGUCAUAUGUGACUCCUUUGGCAUGCACCUUGACGAGAGUUUACACUGACCUGCUGAAAGACGCAUUGAACGAGUUCUCCUACUACGCCGAAGUCGCAGGCCUUUCGUAUGCUUUGGAGAACAACACGGACGGCAUGGUGUUAAUUCUUGGCGGCUACAACGACAAGCUUCCCAUCUUACUGACGAAGAUUGUGGAGAAGAUGAAGAGUCUCAAAGUGGAUCCAUUACGCUUCAAGUUUAUCUGCGAACAGGUCUGUCGAUCAUACAAGAACUGGGCGAUGGAGUCCCCCCAUCAGCAUGCCAUGUAUUACAUCAGCCACCUCACGCAAGAGAAACUGUGGACCCAUGAGGAAAAGUUGACAGAGCUCUAUGGUAUCAAGGCAGAGCACAUUGAGGAGUUCUAUCCACAUCUCCUGAAGCACAUGUAUGUAGAAGGCCUUGCACAUGGAAACAUUGAGGCUGAGACGGCACUCAAGUUGGUGUCCAUAUUGGAGGAUGCUUUCCAACCAAAGCCACUGCCUCACUUCCAGCGGUCUCAGACGCUUCGAACCCAAUUGCUACCAACAGGGAUAUCAUAUGUGCACACUCGGGAAGUCCCCAACGCGGACAAUCUCAAUUCUGCUAUUGAAUACUACAUUCAAGUCGGAGAUUUCACGGACACCACGCUUCGUGCUCACUUGAGCCUGUUCAGCCAGAUUGCCCAUGAACCAGCUUUCGAUCAGCUAAGGACGAAGGAGCAGCUUGGAUACAUGGUCUUCAGCGGCCUGCGUAAAAGCACCGGCGCUAUGGGAUUCCGCGUCAUAAUCCAAAGUGAAAAGGACCCCGCGUUCCUGGAGACGAGAAUCAAUGCAUGGUUGGACAGCAUGCGGCAAACUCUCUUGGACAUGACUCCUGAAGAGUUCAAGAAACACCAGAACGCGUUGGCGGCGCGGUUGCUGGAAAAAGAUAAGAACUUGGCGCAGGAGUCGCACCGGCUGUGGACACAUGUAUCCUCAAGAUAUUACAACUUUGAACAGCAUGUUGAGGACGCUGCGCGGAUUCACGAAGUUCAGCAAGCUGAGCUCGUCAACUUCUACGAGGAACACAUCGCAGUCGGGUCUGCCUUCCGUCGUAAACUUAGUGUCCACGUCCGCAGCCAAAAGGCGGCGACCACCGAAGACCUGGACGAAGCGGUACAGAACGCAAUCAAGGAUGUCACGGGUGCGCCCAACACCGUCGUUAUCAACGGUGAGGAGAUGGCAGCGGACAUCAAGGCCACUUGGGAGCUCAGCAAGGGCGCGUUCCCGAACAAGCCGGUCGAGGAAUACAAGGUGAAGGAGUUGCAAGCAAAGACAAAGUUGUGA